CGUGUGGGGACAAAGGCAGCGCGCGCCGCGAGGUGUCGCGUUUGUCCGCGGUCUGUCGGAGCUGGUGGUGGGCUUGUGGGGUCUUCGCCGCCGCCGCCGCCGCCGUCUUCCGCAUCCUCUUUCCCGUCCUCUUCUCCCGGGUCCCGGGAGCCCCCGCCCGGGGAGCUCCCAGGCUGGUGGAGACAGAUAUGAAGACAAAACCAGCAGUUUGCCAAGACUGGCGGGCAGUGAUGGGGACGGAGUUGGUGUUGCCGAGCUCCCGUCUGAGUGCUGAGUAGGAGCUCUGCUGGCAUGCUGUGGAAAGAGCUGGCUUUGAUGCCAUCUGUCCUGGGAGGCACUGCUGCUGGGUUUGGUGCCCGAGCUGACUCGGUUGGUGACAGCAUGACAAGUGAGGUGAUAGAAGAUGAGAAACAGUUCUAUUCAAAGGCCAAGACGUACUGGAAGGAAGUCCCGCCCACAGUGGACGGCAUGCUCGGGGGGUAUGGCCACAUCUCCAGCAUCGACAUCAGCAGCUCCCGGAAGUUCCUGCAGAGGUUUUUGAGGGAAGGCCCAAACAAGACGGGCACCUCCUGUGCCCUGGACUGCGGAGCCGGCAUAGGCAGGAUCACCAAGAGGCUGCUGCUGCCGCUCUUUGGAGUGGUAGACAUGGUGGACGUGACAGAAGAUUUUCUGGUUAAAGCCAAGACGUAUCUGGGGGAAGAGGGCAAGAGGGUGAGGAACUACUUCUGCUGCGGCCUCCAGGACUUCAGCCCCGAGCCGAACUCCUACGAUGUCAUCUGGAUCCAGUGGGUGAUAGGCCACCUGACUGAUCAGCACCUGGCUGAGUUCCUGCGGCGCUGCAAGCAGGGCCUACGCCCCAAUGGCAUCAUUGUCAUCAAAGACAACAUGGCCCAGGAGGGUGUGAUCCUGGAUGACGUGGACAGCAGUGUGUGCCGGGACCUCGAGGUGGUCCACAGGAUCGUCCGCAGUGCAGGCCUCAGCCUCCUAGCCCAGGAGCGCCAGGAGAACCUCCCCGAUGAGAUCUACCACGUCUACAGCUUAGCCCUGAGAUGAGCGGGGGCUGGCAGGAAAAAGGGACCAGUGUGGGGUGGGGACUGGCAGCCGGGCAAGACCCAGAGGCUCCAUGACGAUGGUUUGGGAGUGUUGAGCAAGACCGCUAAAUAUACCUGUCUGCCGUCCAUCACUAGACUCUUUUUCAAAAGACAUAAUGGGACCCAGUGAGGAAGGGUGCCCCUGAACGGAGCAGUGAGGCUGGAGCCUGGCUCUGCUGCUUCUCUGGGCAGUGCAGACUCGCGUGACUUCAGGGCCCCUGGUGCUCCCCACUGGGAAUACAGUGAUCCCAUCAGAAGUGGAGAUUCCCUGGAUCUCCCUUGUACCACCUGGCCUUCCAGCUGUAGGCCUGGCUGCCUUAAGAGGAAGAGAACUCUCGGUCAUAGAGGACUUUUUUCCCUUGGGGGGAGGAGAGGAGCCGGGCCUGGAGCUGGCACUGUCACCCUGUUGCUACGGCGAGCCUGGGCAGGCCUGCUACCUCCUGCAGCUGCUGGGGAUGUUUGCUUUCUGAGGCCUGUGUGGUGAUGGAGCCCUGGUGUCCCUAAUGUGAUCGUUACAAGUCUGCAGCCUCACUCCUGGCUGGGCCUGGCAGCUCCUCCUCGGUGAGCAUUUUCAGUCAGAAAAUAAAAGGGUGAAUCCUGUAAUGGGAAGGCCCUA